AUGGCGUUUCCCUUCACUGUAAAGGACUGCGUCGACACUGAGGGCGUGGUCACCACCCGUGGGUCCAGGCUGUUCGAAGACCACGUCCCCUCCGCCGACGCCACAGUGGUCAAGCGCCUCAAGGACGCCGGCGGCAUCUUCAUCGCCAAGUCCAACAUGCCCGAGUUCGCGCUCUGGUGGGAGACCGACAAUCUGGUCUACGGUCGGACAGAGAACCCAUGGAUGAUCGGCCGUACUCCCGGCGGCUCCAGCGGCGGAGAGGCCGCAGCCGUCGCCUCGGGCAUGUCGCCGCUGGGCAUCGGCAGCGACGUGGGCGGUUCCAUCCGCGAACCUGCCAACUACUGCGGAAUCGUCGGCCUCAAGGCCACUCACGGUCGCAUCCCCCUGACGGGGCACUGGCCCGACACUCUGUUGCGGUUCAUGCACGUCGGACCCAUCGUCCGCAGCGUCGCCGACGCCGCGCUCGCUUUGAGCCUGAUGGCCGGGCCCGACGGCAUCGACCAUUACGCCCUGCCGGUACCGGUGCCGGACGCUUCGAAAUUCCAGUCUCCGGCCGGACUGCGGGUCGCGUGGUGCCCGAAGGGUCCCUUUUCUCCAGUGGAGCGGCAGGUGCAGGACACCGUUGCCUCCGCAGCCUCCGCAUUGGGUGAGUUGGGUUGCUCAGUGGAAGAAGUGGGGCUGGACGGCUGGGAUAGCUGGCCGGGCCAGCAAAUCUCCGCCCGCAUUUUUGCCGCCGAGGGGAAUGUGUUCCUGGCCCCCAUUAUCGAGGGCCGCGAGGACAUGCUCGCCCUCUCCAUGCAACGUCGCCUGAACAUUCCCGGGCCCACCUACGAUGAAUACCUGGAGGCGAUGGAGCAGGUUGAGCGGCUGCGCGCCGCCUGUAUCAAGCUGUUCAACGACUAUGACGUUCUGCUUCUCCCCACCGGCCCCGUGGUCGCCCACCCUCAUGACACCCGGCGCCACGAGAUCGCUGAAGAAACGGCCCCCGCCCGCCACGCCCUGACCUGCACCGUUCCUUUCGAUCUCACCGGCUCCCCCGCCCUGUCCGUACCCUUCGGCCGGAGCAGCGACGGCCUGCCCAUCGGCGUGCAGAUCGUCGGCCGCCAUUUCGAGGAGGCCACAAUCCUGCGGGCCGGCGCCGCACUGGAGGAACUGCACCGGCCUCGUAGGGGUCACCCUCCACUCAUCGCCGACAUCGCCGAGGCAGAGGGCAAACAUCCUUUGGACGCAUUCUUGGACAUCGCGCUGGAUGAGGACCUUGAGACCGAAUUCGCCCACCCGGCCGGUGGACGUGGCGAGAACGAGUCUCACUACAUCACCAGCCCCUACUCCCACAUCUCGGUGUCCGACGGUGGCGCCCACACCAGGUUCCUGAUCAACAGCACCUGGCCGGUCUACUUUCUGGGCCACUGGAUCCGGGAAAAGAACAUCAUGAGCCUCGAGCAGGCCCACCAGAAGAUGAGCGCCAUGCCGGCAUGGGUCGCCGACAUGAAGAACCGUGGCACCAUCCGCAUCGGCGACUUCGCUGACAUAAUGGUCUACAACAUGGACGAGCUGGGCCUCCUCUACGACAAGCCCCAGUUUGCCACCGACUUCCCCGGCGGCGAAAAGCGCCUGGUCCAGAUGCCCACUGGCAUACGCUACAUCCUGGUCAACGGCACCCUCACGUUCCAGGAGAACGAGUGCACCGGCGCACUGCCCGGCAACCUGCUGCGCAGCUACGACCAGGUCGGCUAG